AACGAAAACUAUUUCCGGAAUGGUUUCUCUCUCUACACGUCCUUACUUGUGGAGAUAUUAUUCAAAUUAUUAAUUGUUUGAAGAUAUGGAGAUAUGAAUGCAGGUUUGACUGAACAACUAUAUCAAGCAUGCACAAGUGGCAAUCUAAGUCAGUUCCUGGAUAUAAUUUACAAUGACUUCCAAAAUGAGGCUCUUAGGAUUAUAACAGACGAACCCUCUUCCCACCCAGGAACUCCCUCACUAUACCUACUUCACAUAGCAUCUGCAAAUGGCCACGACGAUGUGGUACGACAGUUGAUAGAGCUUGGUGCUGAUGUCAAUAAAAUGUCAGCUGAAGGAGAAACACCACUUUCAGAAGCUUGUGUCAACGGUCAUAUUGAUAUCGUCAAGCUCCUUGUUUCUAAAGGAGCAGAGAGUGUUAAACACAGAAUGAAUGAGUCCCCUGUUGAGCUUGCUUGUCAGAAUGGUCAUGUUGACGUUGUAGAAUUCUUAAUUAAUGAAAAGCCUGUUAUAAUCCAAAAACAUGGGCAAUAUUUGCUCUAUAUAGCUGCACUAGAAGGACAUCUGGAAUUAGUUAAACUUUUUAUUAGAAAAAGGGUCAGUAUAAACCCUCCUCCCAUCUCUGCUGAAAAUGAAGAUGACAGACCUGUGAUGAUAGAUCUUCAUUCACCAUUGUAUGGGGCCUGUCUUGGUAAAAAGCAAAAUGUAGCUAAGUAUCUCAUAGAAAAUGGUGCCAUGGUAACUGUCAAGAUUGUGGAAGAGUUUGGAGAUGAAUUUUUAGGGAAAGUCUUUACAAUGUUUACUAGAGAUGUCAAAUCGAAAAGAAAAACAAUGCUAUCAUUUGAACCCGACCCAAGUAUAAGCAUGAUAGAAGCACAUUGGGCCUCAAAGAAUAUCCAUUCUCUUUACAAAGGCUGGUUUGUCAACUUGUCUGUUGUUCUCACCAGAAUAGAUGUAUCUAACAACUAUCUUCAGGAGCUUCCUGAUGAGCUUUUCACUAGUUUGUGUGUACUGGAAGAACUUGAUGUGUCAAAUAACAAGCUGCUGUGUCUACCAGAUAUCAAUUUUGGAGAUUGCCCAACAAGUCUGGAAAAGUUAUUUCUUCAAAGAAACCAACUCUCCUUUGUCCCAAGUUCACUUUUUCGGAUCAAAACCUUGAGCAAAGUCAAUCUUUCACACAACAUGAUUAGCACGCUGGAUGAUGAGGAGAGUUUGGACAUGGGAAACACAUGGCGGUGCCCCACUCUUAAAGUUUUGAAGCUUAAUAAUAACUUGCUAACUUGUCUUCCACGUGGAAUUCAGAGUGCCUCUGGGCUGGUGAAGUUGUUUGUGAAUAACAAUAAACUUAAAGACUUUCCAAUGCCAUGGAAAUGUCCCUUGGAAACCCUUGAUAUUUCCUUCAAUCGACUAACCGAAUUCUCUGCCAACAUUGACAUGGUCUGGUCAGAUACUCUAAGAUAUUUAAACCUCUCACAUAACAGCUUGGGUUUUAUUGCCUGGAGUGUCUGUCAGCUGUCCUGCCUCUUUGACCUGAAUGUAAGUAAUAACCGCAUCAAAAGCUUACCACCAGAGAAUUCUUGGAAAUGCAUCAACCUUCAUAAGCUCAAUUUGUCUCACAAUAAGGUUAGUUUUAAGUCUGUUUCUGAAGGUCAAGGUGGAACUCUGCAAAGGCUGUUCAAAACACCGAGCCAAGAUGAAAACCAAGACUACAAAAAGGGGAAUGAGCUUCCUGUAAAUUUAUUUGCUCCAACACUAGAAACUUUGUUUUUGAACCAUAACUGCCUUCAAGAAGUUCCACUGUCAAUUUGUCAGUUGACAAACCUCAUUGAGCUGGAUCUCAGCGAUAAUCCUGACCUGAAGUCUCUCCCACCACAACUUGGAAACUUAAGAGAUUGUUGGCAACUAAGACUCAAUAAUCUGAACUUGAUAAGGCUACCAAAGCACGUUAGACCAGACACCAUGGGCGUCCGACCAAAAGAUACCCUAGCUUACUUGCGGGCGACACUUCGCAAAUCUGUACCUUACUACAGAAUGAAACUCAUGGUUGUUGGAAUUCAGGGACAUGGCAAAACAACAUUACUUGCAGCCCUUAAAGGAGAGGCACUUCCAAAGAACCUAUCAACGGUCGGGAUUGUCAUUGACGAGUGGAAUGUUCAACCUAACUCUGGUUCUUGGUUCCCAUGGACAAAGUCCAGCGACUCUCCGACUAUCACCUUUAGUACUUGGGACCUUGCUGGCCAGACCGUCUAUUACGCUGCUCAUCAAAUGUUUCUUUCUCCGAGUACACUGUACUUGUGUGUUUGGAAUGUAACCCUGGGUGAAGAGGGUAUUGAAAGUCUACGACAAUGGCUUUUGAAUAUAAAGGCGCGGGCACCUUUCUCAGAUGUACUCAUAGUAGGGACGCACAUGGAUAGACUACCUAAGAAAGUUCGAGAGUCUCGUCUCGAUAAGCUAAGACAGAUGGUCAUGAACAAGUUUGGAGAUAGCAAAGGAUUUCCUAAAAUUGUCGGCAAUAUUACCAUAUCAGCCACGACCGGCGAGAAUGUUGUGGAACUGAGAGAGAUGAUUUACAAUAAAGCGACCAAGGCAAAAGAACAAGGCGAAAACAUCAUUGGGAAACAGGUUCCACUAAGCUACAUUCAACUUCAAGAUUCCGUUAUCAAGGAAGCCCAGAGACGAAGGGAGUCAGGACAAUCUCCCAUUCUACUAGAGGAAGAAAUCUUAGACCUCGCAAGCAAGAACAAGGAUAAUGAUAUUCUGGACCAUGAGGAACUGGCUCUAGCAACACGUUUUCUACACGAGAAUGGUGUCCUUCUCCAUUACAACGACCAACUACGGGGACUUAAUACCCUCUAUUUCAUUGAUCCGUCUUGGGUCUGCGACUUGAUAGCAAGUAUUGUAACCGUCAAGGAAAGAAACAACUUUGUCAGAGAAGGAAUUAUGUCAAAACACAAUAUACACUUUGUUCUCAAAGAUCCUCGGUUUCCUCCCGAGUUUAUUCCUCAGUAUUUACAACUUAUGGAACGAUUCGAGAUCGCUCUAUCCCUUGAUGAAAACAGGCUCCUUAUUCCAUCCAUGUUGCCAAUUGACUCCCCCGGGAUGCAGCGUGAAUUAUUCUACAGACGGGGAGGUGUGCCAUCUUGGCGCACAAAGCAGCGGUCAAAAACGUUCACACCAUCCUCAUCUCGAAGCAGUAAGAAAGAAGAAAGAAAAGAGAAGUGUUCUUCAACUCUUCCCGUGGGAUUGGCUCCUCCAGAGAAACACAAAGGCGACGACGUCGAUGGUAAUGUCAACAACGACGAUGAUGAUGGCUUUCCAAAGGAACCCGUCGACGCUGUGAGUCGUAAUUACCAAAUGGCUUACAUCCCAAGUGGUUUCUGGAGCCGUCUUAUAACAAGGCUGAUGGUUUCUCUACAAAGAUGGAGAACUAAUGAAGGUAUUGAAGAGAAUGAGUUCUUCAUGAUCUACUGGAGGAAGGGAAUUGGAGUCAUAUACAGUGGCGGACACUUCUUGGUUCAGUCGUAUAGAGAAUUGGUUCCUUUACGAGCCGCUCGACAUCGCUUUGAAGAGUACGAAGGUGUAUCGAUUGAAGUGUGGUCUUCGUUCAGAGAUUUCUCAGUGAUGGGAUUCAUCGUCGACCAAGUUGACGCCCUCAUUUCUGAAUGGUAUCCAGGUCUUGAUGACACAGACACGUUCGGUUAUCCACUCGUGCGCCGCCUGAUUCCAUGUCCGCGUUGUACAUACGUAAUGGCUCGCCGUGGUUCGUUCCUUCGCAGAUCCUGUUCCCUCGAGUAUCCCACAGAGCAUUGCGGUUCCCAGCCAGUCCGUCCAUACAAUUUUACCUUGCCAACUUGUGCGGCAGCCGCGAUGAACUUCUCCACAAUCAAUUGCCCCUACCAUCCCGACACAGUGGUUUCACUCGAUGAGCUCAUCCCUGAUUUACUCAUGACCGACCUCCCCCGGAACUUAUUGGUUGAUAGUGUUGAAUUCUCGUAUACAACUGAUGAUGAAAGUCGUCUUGGAGGGGGAGGUGCUGGCGAGGUUUUUAGGGGGCUUCUGAGAGAAGAAGAGGUUGCGGUGAAGACUUUUCAUUCCACGAGGGUCUCGAGAUACCUACAAGACAGUGGUAUAGGAGUCGGUACUGAAUCGUCUUCCAUGUCGUCGACUGCGGGGUCGUCCAUUCGCCAUAACCGCAGUGAAGGUUCAAGUGUUCGCCGCGCAGGCAGUCUACGAGGAGAAUUCAUGUUCGGUGAAGAUGACGUGGAAGAUGAACUCGAGAAGACUAAAGUUGUGCGAGCUUUCUGGGAUUUGAGACAAGAGGUCGCUGUGUUAUGCCAUCUCCAGCACCCGUGUAUCGUGAAACUUCUAGGUGUCUGCCUCCAUCCAUUGUGCUUUCUGCUAGAAUUAGCUCCACACGGCAGCCUGGCAAAUCUACUCGAUGAGCUGACUUUAGGAAGAGAGAUAAAAAAGAAAGAAACAUUGAACCCGGCUCAAUACGAGAGCAAAGAAGCUGUUCUGGGAAAGUUAUUAACUUAUAGAAUUGCAUUUCAGGUGGCCAGCGCUCUGUGGUAUCUCCAUGACUCCGAUAUCAUCUACCGUGAUCUAAAGGCUGAUAAUAUUCUCGUUUGGUCAAUCGAUGAGGACGAUUUAGUAAAUGUAAAACUAUCGGAUUAUGGAAUCUCGGUUUUUGCUACACCGCAAGGAGUGUCGGGAGAUGAAGGAACACCUGGAUACCAGGCUCCUGAGAUACGCACGGGUAUUGGCUAUGAUGAGAAGGUUGAUAUAUUUUCCUUUGCAAUCUUCUUGUAUGAGUUGAUCUCCGGUGUCAGACCUUUCCGCGAUUUUAAAAGCUCUGUUGAAAUCAAGAAAGCAAUUCGACGAAACGUUCGUCCUUCCCUGGAAGACCACGACUUAGACAGCCAACUUCCACGACUAGAGAGGUUGAUGGUUAAAUCAUGGCAUGAGCUCCCAGAACGACGUCCAAAUGCUGAGAAAAUCCUUCAAGAAAUUCAAGAACCAGAGUUUCUGUGUCACUGCAGAGUGAUGCCAAAGCCCGAGUCCGGUGAGGUACUGGAGAAAAUCACGUCUGUGUACGGGAUGGCGCAUUCUGGUUCAGGAAGUACAGAGUCGAGUUUUGUUUUGCUAUGGAGCCGUGAGCGUUCCCACCGCCAGUACGGCAUGUUGAACUGUGAUACUGGAGUCUUCUAUUUUAAAGACGAAUCAUGUCCUGGACACAGAGUUCUUUGUAUGGCUAAAGUCGGCAGUAGAACUUGGCUUGGGACUGAGGGCAAUACUAUCGACAUAUUUGGCAGGCGUUCCUCGCAUCGCCUCCCGACCACCCUUUUCUCAUUUCGGCUCAAGGCGGCGGUGUUGGGACUUUUAGUUCAAGAUACGGAAAAACCUUUGAAAGAGUCUGAAGAAUCCACCGAGGAAUCCUCGUCCGAACAAUCGUGUAAAGAAACAUCUACAGAAAAAAAGUUCAAACGUGUACGCGUCUUUGCUUCAUUAUCUAAUGGUACCCUGAUAAUCUUUUCACAUUCCGUUGAUUCCACAACCCCUCAUAUCCACGAAGACGUCAAAUUAAGCCCCAAUGACGACGACAGCGUCAUCAAGGAAGAAAUGACCUACUGGAACGAUAUCCAAGUCAUUAAUCUUGGCCAAAGUGGUAGUCCAGUAAAUUGCAUGGUAUUGACUAAUGAGGACACCGAACUGUGGGUGAGCUGUGAUAAUAAGAUUAUUAUUUUAGAUACUCGCACGCUCAUGAUUAUUAAAGAGAUCCAGGUUUACUCGUCUCGUCGUGCUAAAGUCCGAAAGAUGGUGGCUUGUGAUGAUCGAGUGUGGAGUAUCGACCGCCGUUCAACCAAGAUUCUCCAGUGGGAUGUUCGCUCCCACCAACUUACACAUGUGUUUGAUCUAGAGGUGGAGAACCCGGUCAUGAAGCUAGUGUGUUUACCCUUUUCCAAGGCGGAGGGAGUUGAUAUUGGCGAGGAGGACGCCAAACGACAAGGAGAUACACUACCUAAGAGGGGUAGAGAAAGGUCAGAGACUGGAGAAGUCGCUCCAAGUUCCGUUUCGACAUCGUCGGAAGAUAAAAAGCUUUUUCGAUCUGGUGCGUUGAAAUUCCGAAAUUCGUCGGGUGUUUCGGCGUCUGAGCAAAACCAAGCUGCUCAGGGAACGACUGAACCUGUAAAAAUGGAGAGAAAUUCUGACAAUAAAGAUGACACGGUUUCAUCACAAGCCGAUGGAGUCGAAGAAGAAACUGUCGCCAACUCAUUUGAUAGUGGGUUUUGUACUGAACCUUCGUUAUCAAGAACACAAAACCUGCUUUCACGACCUAAGAAAAUGAAUUCUGAAGAUAAUGCAGAAUCUGAUAACCCUGAUACUAAAACUAAAGAGAAUGAAGCAACUACGAUCACAGAUGAACCAAAUCUUCAGGCUGAUGAAGAAAUCAAGACUGUUGAUAACAACAACGAAAGCUCUUUCGAGUUUGUGGACCGCUCAAAGGUUGUCGUCGAAGCUGCCAAAGAACGCAAGCAGAGCAUCGUGAGGCCGAAAGCUGAAGCCGUUUCCAUGGCUUCACUGAAGGCAAAUCCUAAAUCCAUCACACGCGGUCCAUCCAUGAUGAAAUCCAGGAAGCGAAAAUCACUUCGUAACGCCAACCAAGGACAAAACAAACCAACAAAUGACGCAACGAGACCUCGUCUUCACGUAAUUACUGGUUCUGUAAACAAGGUCAUGACCAUUCUGUACGUAGGGGGGACCCUGUGGGUCGGACGAGGGAGGGGAGACUUGGUCGUCGUCAACGUCGAUAACGAAUCCAACGAGUAUUUUUAUGGUGAAGUCAUAGCGGUCUUGAAGUGUGACAGUUAUCUACAGUUUUACACCGAGGGACAUGUCCAUGAAGUCAUAAAAUCAGGCAGUAAUAAGAUCGUUUGCCUACGUCGCGUGGAGCCAGUGCGCAUGCGUAGACAAGCCCAAGGCGAUAGUUCCCAGUCCCCUAGUUCUCCAAAAGGCCAGGUUGAAAUCCAAGACCGGUCGACCGAGCGUUACCAGCUGAAUAUUUGGGAGGCCUGGGGAAGAAAGGACUUUGAAAGUUUCAAGUCUUAUCACGAUAGGUUUGAUGCUUGUGUGGAAUAGCAAAGUGGAUAUUAUUAUAGAUUAUUAGUGAUAAUUAUGAAAUCGUAAUUAUGAGGACUAUGGCAUGAGUCCCAGUAGGAAUAUAAUGUGUUCAUCGCAGUUGUUAUGAUACGAGGACGAUAAUGAUAUCUGAAUGUUGCGUUUUGUAAGCAGCUUUUAAAGAGUCGUGGUCUCCCGGCAUUCAAUGCGGCCGUGUUUUAGAUUUUCCAUAUAUGGAAAAAGAAUUGACUUUUAAUAUCCAUUCGCAAUCCGUUUGCAACGGUUGGUUUUUACUACAAAUCUCACAAUAUCUCCAUUCAUAGAACAUAAAAGGAUAAUAAAGAGUAAUUUUUAGCUUAUAUUACGAAGCAAUUUUAUUUUCAAACAUAAACAAAAGCUCGAAGUGGAUGCCGGUUGACCACGGCCCUUUAAUCGAAGGGAUAAUAGCUGAUGUAUGUAUGUAGUCACUAUUACAAGUUAAUAUUUAUAUAUACACGACGCGUUAAUCAAUUCGGGACGAGGCGGAGUUGAGUUCUGUCUUUUCCGAUGUUAAAUUAUUCCCCGUGUUGGCAGAGACGUUAAGAUUGACUACAGAAGACUCUGCUGACAAAGAAAUCAGAUUUUUGCCUUAACAGAAUGAAGAAAACAUAGUAAGCAUCUCAAAAUUAGUAAAUACUCAUGCUCUAUGAAAAAAAUUACAAAUUUACAUCUGAUAAAUAAUAUAAGAUUCUUUAGAUUUUAAUUUCGUUUCAUAGAAUAGUACAUCUUAGAUGGCGGGACAAUUUUAUCAAAUUUAAUCCUAAAACAAUGGAAAAUUUACCAUCUAAAAGAUGGAGAGUAUAUGACAAUCUUUAUUCAAUUUUUAUCAUAUCAAGCUACGCAUAAUAGAGUGCAAAUUCUAAAAACAUAAAAACUUUACUAAUAUUCUCCUUGCACUGUAACACAUUCACACAAGUAAUAUUUGGUUCAUCGAUGUGGUUCGUAUACUCUAUUUUUUAUUUAACCUUAGCUUUAUAAAAUCAAGCACUGUUUACGAUUUCACAUAACCGGAUAAAAAAUGCUAGUGAGAAUCAAUUUAUGCUAAUACACAUUACACGAUAUUAAACAGGGGAAAACAAGGAUAUUGAUGAACGCUUUUACUUAUUUGACGUACAGAUAUGUUGACGUUAAUUCUGUUUAUCUGUAACAUGUCUAAAACGACAACAAAAGCAGCAAAAAUUGCACAAAUAAAACAUUUGUUUGCUUUUACAAGCAUUCCAACGUGCACAUUAAGGAAAAACACUUCGUAAGCGAAAAAAAAUCAAAACAUUUUUGUAUCUAGUUUUUGCAAACAUAGACAACAACUUGAUACAAGCCAUUCUCAUCGUGUAAUGUGUAUUAGCAUAAAUUGAUCCUCAUAAGCAUUUUUUAUCCGGUUUAUGUGAAAUCGUUCUAAUACAUUGCAGUUGAAAUGUUUUUAAUUAAUUCGUAAAAUACAUUUUACAUUGCUGCAUUUUUUGGCGGUCGUAUUCAGGGUAAUAAGCUCUAGGUUUCAGCCGUAUUUGUAUUUUUAAAAGGUCUAUUAACAUUGACUUCUUCACAUAUUAGAUUUGAGAGAGGCCUAAAAUUGUUGUAUAUGACGUUUAGAUUUGUACUGACUUUUUAUAACUUUGUAACAUCCAACUUUUUCUAGUUUUGAUGGAGCGGUAAUAUUUUGUAAUUAAAACAAUUAGUAUUCAUUUGAUAUGCAAGGGGUUUUAAUAAAACUAAUGAUAAAACU